AUGGCUGAGAUUUGCUGUGGUGUUGUUGGAGACAGUGAACCGUCUGUAACCGUUGAUUCCACCACUCGAGCUUCUCUUAGACGGAGGUUAGAUCUACUCCCUUCGAUCAAAAUCGUCGCUCCUCCGCUCGAGAACUCUCGUAAGAGGCACAAGCGAGAGACCGCUUCUGCAAAUCAAGAUCUGGAAUCUAAUGUACGUUUCGAAAAGAAGGCGGGAUCAACGGUUAAGAAUUUAAAUACGGUUACGAGUUCCGAAGCAGAGAGCUGCUUCGUUUCCGAUGCUGCGCCUAAGAUCGGAACGACGUCGGUAUGCGGAAGGAGAAGAGACAUGGAAGACGCCGUCUCGAUUCACCACUCGCUAAUCCACAAAAACUCCGAGAAUCAUCACUUCUACGGCGUCUUCGACGGCCACGGCUGCUCUCACGUCGCGGAGAAGUGCAGGGAGCGGUUGCAUGAGAUAGUGAAGCAGGAAGUCGAAUCCAUGGCCGGAGCCGCCGGAGAAGAAGACGAGUGGAAGGAGACGAUGGUGAAGAGCUUCCAGAAGAUGGACAGAGAAGUUAGCCAGCGAGACGUUAACGGUGCGAACCGGAAGAGCUCAUGCAGAUGCGAAUUGCAGUCUCCUCAGUGCGACGCCGUCGGAUCCACCGCCGUCGUGUCGUUAGUCACGCCGGAGAAGAUCGUCGUCUCUAACUGUGGAGACUCUCGCGCCGUGCUUUGCCGUAACGGCUUAGCCAUCCCUCUCUCUUCAGAUCAUAAGCCGGAUCGACCCGAUGAAUUGAACCGGAUCCAACAAGCGGGUGGGCGGGUUAUAUACUGGGACGGAGCUCGCGUUCUAGGAGUUCUCGCUAUGUCAAGAGCCAUUGGUGAUAAUUAUUUAAAACCGUAUGUGAUUCCGGAUCCGGAAGUAACCGUAACGGAUCGAACCGACGAGGAUGAGUGUUUGAUCCUUGCGAGUGAUGGACUUUGGGACGUUGUGACGAACGAGACGGCGUGCGGCGUGGCUCGCAUGUGCCUUGCCGCGGCGGAUGGAGGAGACUCUGAUACUGCUCACAACGCUUGUUCUGAUGCGGCGUUGCUGUUGACGAAGCUGGCUCUGGCGAGGCAGAGCUCCGAUAACGUGAGCGUGGUGGUGGUUGACUUGAGGAAGAGGAGGAGUAAUAAUAAUAAUCAAGUGUCUUGAUUAGUGAUUUUAAUUAGUAGUUGUAGUAUUAAGAUUUAGAUAAAUUGUUACAUAACCUAAUUGUAAUUUUUCUUGAUUUUUAAAUAUUUUUCUAUUUUAGUUUUCUCUUGUUUGAGUUUUUUUUUAAACAGCUCUUAAUUCAGGCUGGGGGGAAGAAAAAGAGCUGAUUAAGAAGUUAGUAAGCAUUUGUUUUUAUUUUCCCAUAUUAUUUAAGGCAAUAUUGUUCUCUAUGUAAUCAAGAGAUGUAAGCAAAAUAUUACGUUAAUUCAGAGGAAGAUCAACACAAACGUAUCUCUGGUUAAGCUAGAAAUGAG